CCCACCUGGAGAGAUGCCUGGGGGUCCCGGAGUCCUCCAAGCGCUGCGUGCCACGGUCUUUCUCCUCUUCCUAAUCUCCGCUGUUGGCCUGGGUCAAAAUAAGGAAGUAAGGUCGCCCUUGACUGAGCUCCAGAGCUGGGGGCAGGAAGGGCACUUGGGGGUAGUGCUCAGCUUCAGGGAGGAAAAACAGCUUUCUCCUUCUCUGCCUUGAAUCUCCGUCACACCAAUGUGCUGGCAGCCCCUUUUCAGUGCUGGGGGAGGGGCGCCUCAUGGACACUGCCCUCCUAGAGGCCCUGGCUGCCAGGCCCUGUGGGUGGACGGGGGCCCGACGUCGGUGACCGCGAGCCUGGGAGAAACGGUCCACCUCCAGUGCUUGCACAAUGGCAGCAGGCGGGACAGCACCCUCAACAUCACGUGGUGGCGCAUCUUCCAUAGCAAUGCCACUGCCACUGGCACGUGGCCCAAUAUUUUCUGGAGCUAUGGCGAAGGCCCUAAAGGUGAGCUGACCAUCAGCACCGUGAACAAGAGCCACAUGGGCAUGUACCGGUGCCAGGUGGAGGAGAAAGACUCAAACAGCAAAGUCCUCAACUUCCAGCAGUCCUGUGGCACCUACCUGCGCGUGCGCGAGCCAAUCUCCAGACCUUUCCUGGACAUGGGAGAGGGCACCAAGAACAACAUCAUCACAGCAGAGGGGAUCAUCCUGCUGUUCUGUGCUGUGGUGCCUGGGACCCUGCUGCUCUUCAGGAAACGAUGGCAGAAUAUGAAAUUCGGGGUGGACGUCCAGGAUGACUAUGAAGAUGAAAACCUUUAUGAGGGCCUGAACCUCGAUGACUGCUCCAUGUACGAGGACAUCUCCCGAGGCCUCCAGGGCACCUACCAGGACGUGGGCAGCCUCCACAUCGGAGACGGGGACGUUCAGCUGGAGAAGCCGUGACCCCGUGGGCUGCCCCCACCCGUUGUGCUGCCAACCCCGGGCCCCCCCACCCCACCCCUUCCUGUUCUCUUUUCUGACUCAACUUCCCCCUUGGGGGUGUCCACUCUUCUUCCCUCUCUACUGUCCUCCCCGCCUCCCCACACCCCAAUUCAGUUCUCCAGCUGCCUUGCCCAGCCUCCCCCCACACCCAGUGGGUAAUGAGCCCUUAAUCGCUGCCUCCUGGGGAGCUGAUUGUAGAACCUCGUUAGUGUCACCUCCCCCUCCCUGCUCUGUCAUGGCCACUUAGUGAUAAUAAAUCCCUCACAACUGCA